GUAAUUAUCAAAGUGGUUGGUUGAGCGGAUGGUGAUGUGCUGAAGUCCGUGUCGUUUUAAUGUACUGGCCGAGUGUGGCACGGUGAUUGCACUGAGCGUUGAGGACGAAUGGGGCGUCGGCUUAGGUCGCCUUGAGCCCUCGGGUUGAGCGACCAGAUCACCAACUGUUCCCAUUCACGAUGGGUCUCCCCCUCUCCGGUCUUGCUAGCCCACUGGCGAAUGAAACCUUGCCAAAGGCCUCGUCGUGUUAUUUUCAGGGCUGUGUGCCUUCAAGGCAAAUCUUUGACCUGUUUCAGCACUGCCAUUUUUCCUGUGAACACAGAAAACAUAGUUCGAGUGAGGGUGAAAUCUCCCCUGGGUGUUGUGGUCGUCCCUGCAUCCCAAACCGCCCACAUCGAAGUUCCCUACGCCCACAGGGUCACCCUCCGGCCUCUCUCUGAUCCUCAGAGUCUACUUGAUGAUCGGAGGAUAUCCUUCAUUCCAACGAAGACGCCUUUCGGGCCGGCAAGUCGACGUGAAAGGUCGGUGGACUUUGGAGGAGGAUCGGAGGAAGAGGCAGAGGAUGUCAAGGAUCUCGGGGAGGAAGGAGGUGGAGGGGGAGAAGAAAAAGAGAAAGAAAAUGGCAGUCAUCGAUGUUCCUCGAGCUUCGUCGAAAUUACAGAUUCUCUCUCUACUUGGGUGGCCUGUCCUCUGCGCCAAGAAUCGCUGACGUCCAUGUCCAGCGUGGUGGGCGUGAGGACCGUUGACGACAACAGUGUUGGCGUGCAGGUAGAAUCCGAGGGCUUGAGUGAAGCCUCACGAGCGUGUGGUUGGGGCUGGGUGGCCUUAGAGAGUCACUGCUACCUCCUUCAGGAGCAGCGCGUCACUUGGUCAGCCGCUGAAGCCUCCUGCGUAUCGCAAGGGGGCCACCUGGCGGCAAUCACCAGCCCACAGGUGGCCCACUUACUCAACAGCUUAACAAUGGCAAGUGGUGAAUCUGAUCCAUCGGCUGCCUUCUGGGUAGGGGCAUCUGACUCCCAGUACGAGAAUUCCUUCACCUGGUCUUCUGGGGCACCGUUCUCGUAUUCAGAGUGGUUUCCUGGUUGGAGCGAUCAAGGAGGUUACAACUCCCAACCUUCAGAUGAUGGUCUGGGUGACGAAGACUGUGUGGAACUGAGACGAACUUUCAGGCUAGCAACGAAAGGGUCGAGAACGACCCACGACCUUUACUGGAAUGACAGAUCCUGCUCGGCUCUGAAUAGCUACAUCUGCGAGAAACCCGUGCCAGGAGGUGAGAACGAAAGUGUGAACUGGUGGUGUAACAGGUCGCUGAGUCUUUCGCCCCACGCUCCUCCAACUGUCGUCACCUCGCGGUAUCCCGCCCACUACCCACCCGCUCGCGUGUGUGUCACCACCCUCAACGCGCCCACCAACGCCCACCUGGUUGUCCAUUUCGACACCUUCGUGUUGGAGCCACACCCUCAGUGUGAGUACGACUCUCUGACGUUCAGCGAGCCGGGCCUCGCCAACUCUUCCUCCACCGUCCGGUGCGGCGACUGGACUUCCAAACUGAAGCUGUUGAGGUACGUCUCCCAGACGAAUCGUAUCGCCCUCACCUUUACCAGCGACUACGCCCACAACUUCCCAGGAUUUCGUGCCCGCGUCUCCGCCCGCACUGGCAGCGGAUGUGGCGACGGCCGUGAGGUACGCCGCGGUGACCUUUGCUACCUUCUUGUGCCGUACCCACAGGUCACUUGGACCACAGCUACCCACAUCUGUCGGGAUAUGGAGGGUGAGUUGGCCCGUGUGGGGUCGGAUGAAGUCGUCCGGUGGAUAGGAGCUGGGCUCAAGUCGCUUCCGGAUUAUGCAUCUGGUGCCCUUUACUGGCUGGGCGCCACCUUACAACCGCAUACCUAUAAAUGGCAGUGGCAGGACGGGACCUUUCUCAAUACCACAAAAGUCAGCGGGCGAGUGGAAGGCCUUCAGAUGCCCUUUGCCUCCAAGGAGACCCUUUGCCUAAGCCUUCAGGAGAUGUCGACAGUGGCACCCAAUCGCUCGCGCCAAUCCCACCUACCUCCACUCUCUUUGGCUGCCCAUCACUGCGAUAUGUUUGGUGGAUACGUCUGCUCAAGAAGAGUUCCAGACCCUCAAACCCCAACAGCCAAGAGCAUAGUGGUGACAGGGUAUGGGGGAAAUCUAACGACUCCUAGGUAUCCUUCCCAGUACCCUAAUAACUUGCACCUAACCAUCACUCUCCGUGGACCAGUUAGUUCUCGACUGGUUAUCACCUUUACGAAAAUAGACCUAGAGUACCAGCAGGAUUGUCUCUACGAUUAUGUAGGGCUGCAGAGUGGGCCUCAAGAUUCCAUGACACGGUAUUGUGGACGACAUCUAAAUGACAUGGAAAGGUUUGACUAUGUAUCUAAAAGUAAUGAGGCUGUGGUGACCUUCCACUCUGACUGGUCAGUGGUGGGGGCGGGAGUAAUGGGACGCUGGCAAGUCGUCGACAUAUCAUCCUGCCCCCACCAGGAAUUACUUCAAUCACAAGGAAUCAUCACUUCACCCAACUUUCCCUACUUCAACCUUGACAGCAUCCACUGCACAACAACUAUCAAAGCCUCUAGAAAUGAAAGAAUAUGGCUUCAAUUCCAAACAUUUGAGGUGGGUGCAAAAGAACCUAUCCCAAAAGAUGAUAAAAAGUCGGCUUCAGCACCAUCUUCAUUGUCCCACGAAACUGAUGCAAGCGACCAACCAGGCCCCAUUGCUCAGAAGGUUUUUGCUACUCCUCAUCCAUUUGUUAGCAUCUCCUCUUCCACAUCAUUGUCUCUGCCACCAUCUGCAAAUUUUACUCAUCACAAUCGUAGAUUCACCCGUGCUAUUUCCACAACAAUCGACUCUUCUCAGCCUCAGAACUCCAAUAGUAUUAUCAAUGGCAAGAACACUGCAAACCAGAAGUGCCAAGAUGAUUAUGUUGAGGUGACUCUUGGGGAAGGAGUGGGAGAGUCCUUACGCUUAUGUGGUGCUGUGUCAAGGGGGGAGGUUCAGCGCCUCUCUUAUGUAUCCUAUGCGUCAACUCUCACAAUAGUCCUUCAUACCACUCACAGAGGAGGAGGCAGAGGAUUCCAGGCCACUUAUCUGAUAGGUACCAAGUUUAACCAGCGUACAGUUCUGCAAUUGGGAACACAGAAAAUUUCAAGAGAAGAUGUAGGUGUCCCUGGUGAAGAAAAUGUUGUGUCUUUGGGCAGUGUUCAUGCUCUUAACUUCCCUUUGGCUCCUGCACCAGGAGUCAUUCUCACACAUCAAUUACUAGCACCACCUGGUCACCAGCUUCAUCUGCGCAUUCAUAACAUUGGUGUUCUAUCAACACCAGAAAGGCCCUGUCAGCAGGAUUAUGUUGAAGUAGAAGACUGGUAUGCUGGGAAGAAUGGUACUGUAUGGACGAUAUGUUCUGUUGAUCGUAGCUCCAGACAUGAGAUAUCCAUCCGCUCCAUCUUUAAUUCCCUUACUCUUAGAGAAGUACAUCUUGCCCCAAGGGAAUCUCUAAAAUCUGAAGAUAAUGUGGUAAAAAAUGAUAAGCUACAGGGGCCCGCAUCAUCAUCCUCAUCAUCAUCACCACCACCACCUUUGUCACCCUCUUCAUCACCAUCAUUAUUGUCUCCAGCUUUAUCUUCUGUCACCAUGCACACAUCCAGUUCACAUGCCCCUUCAUUUUCUGCUUUUCGGGGCUUGGAAGCCCCUCAGUCUUUUUUCAGUGGUGAACUAAAGUCUGCGUCACAGCGUUUCAUAUCUUAUUCAAUCCUUGAUGCCUUGUCAUCAUCAUCAGAUACAAUGAAAUUGGGCACUACCCAAAAACCAGACAGUGCUGCCUCCGAAUUUUCUACUACUGAUACCACCGAAUUGGGUACUCCAACAUCUUCUAAGAUAUCACCUAAUGCCAUCAUUUCUCCUCCUUUUGAUUCAUGGUCUGAAAAUGAGCCUCAUAGAUUAUCACCAAUUUCAGCUUCAUCAUCAUCAUCAUCUUCAUUAUCAGCUCCCUUAAUGCCGUCCAACUCUCAACCGACCAAAAAUUACUGGGCGUCGUCAGUGGCUUACUUUAGUGCAUCAUAUGAAGUUCAUAAAGAUUCAGGGUGGCUCAACAGAUCAAUAGGCUUAGGCUUAGAAAGUAUGGGCAUACGAACAACUGGUGUAGCAUGGUGUGAACCAUCACCUUGCCUCAAUAAUGGACGUUGCAUUACGCAGGAUGGCAACCACACCUGCCUCUGUACUCCUGGCUACACGGGAGCCUUUUGCCAAAUGACAUGGUGUGAUAUGGCACCUUGUGUAUGGGGUCGAUGUCAGCCAGGAGGUCCUGAUGGAUUUGUCUGUGUGUGUGAAAAAGGAUAUGGAGGACCUCACUGCAUGGAUCGAAUAUCACCAUGUGAUGGUGACCCAUGUCAAAGCCGAGGUGUUUGUAAGCCUGUCAAUCACACUUUUCAUUGCCAGUGUCAUGCCUGGUGGGAAGGAGUGACAUGUGAGCGUCGCAUGCGAAGGAUCCCAUUCAAACCUUUAUCAGAAAGAAUGUUUGAGGAACCUUUUUGGCUUGGCCUCAUGACAGUGGGUGUUGUCAUGGCAUGUAUUGGUGUUGCGUUUUGCAUCAAGAAGCAUUUUGCUGAUAAGAUAGAAAAGUUUUUUGCAGAAGAAAUCGAGAGGAGCAAAUACGGUGCAAUGUCCCCGGCACCAUCUCGCCUGGCGCCCCUGCCUAGCCCCACUGGCCUCAGUCCUCGCCCUCGCCCAAAGUCCCUGUUUGUGCGGCUCAAUAGUUUCCGCAAAGCCUCGCUUCUUAGCCUCUCCUCAACGGCGUCAAGCCCACAGUGCGAGGCCCCCGCAUUUACCUUUGACGAUUUGCUCAAGCUUCAUAAACGAGGGUCAGCAGCCAGCAGUAGUGGCAGUCCGAGGCGAACACAGCACAAGUGUCGAUCCCAGACAGCCAGCCCUCGGGUGGACAGCAAAAAGAUUCUGCGACACCUGGUGACUCCGCCUGUAGGUCACCGUGCCAGCAGCUUUGACGAAUUGCUUCACCUUCACACCCAAACACCAAAAUGUAGUGUAGUGUCGGAGGAGUAUAGUCGCCUUCAGAACACUGAUACUAGUAGGAGGUGCUCCCCAGAGCUUGUUGAGCGGACCCGGAGUACAGACAUAGCAACGGAGUUGAGGCGGAGUGAUGGGGGUGAUGGAAGCACUGCAAUCAUUGAGGGGCUCAUUCAUGAAACCUCCCUGACAUCCCUGGCACCGUCACCUUCCAAGCAGGAUAAGAAGGUCACCUUUGCCAAGCUCCUGGAUAAGAUGUCAAAGGAAAUCAGUUCAUCAUCCUCUGACAUCAGCUGUGCUGAAGACAAAUCUCCCAGUAGGAUAUUCAACAUGGGAGGAUCUAGGAGAUCGCCUCGCAGAUCACCUCGCAUUCGGCACACACAGAGGUACAGUGGUUCUGGAAGUGAAGACAUAGCUGAAACACCUGAUGUGUCAUCUUCUGAAAUGACCCCUGAUCCACCUAAGAGACUACUGACAAUAAAAUCAUCAUCAUCACCAUCUUCCAAGACUUCAUCCCCUCAGAGUAGAAACAAAAUGGUCAAAAUUUCAUCAGCAGACUCACUUCUUGCAAUGUUCAGGAACUUUGGGGGCUCUGGUCGUGCAAGUGCCUCUAACCCAUCAAGUCCUCAUGGAUCAGAAUUGGAAGACUCUUCAGCUCACCAGUCACCAUCUACUACUCCAACAACACCUCAGAAAGCACCACCUCCAGUUAAGCAAGAUACACUUACAGUACCUGGUGCUCUACAAGUGCAGGUUCAAUCCAGUGGUGGUGGUUCAGUGCAGCAUGGUGGGCCCGUUAUUACACUGGAAGUACCAACCAAUGAUCAGUAUCGGUGUUUGUCACCUAUUACAGAAUUACCGACACCUGUCCCUACCCCUGUUCCCUCACCACUACCUACUCCUUGUCGACAACGUCCCAAACCACGCACAAGUUCAGAAUCAAAUGAUAAUAAGGAAAGUGAAGACACUGAAUCUGAAUUCUCAUUGUCAAUGUCUGUAGAGCGCAGUAGCUCAGAUAGUUCUGGUCCAGAUCACCGUAUAUUCUUUACAUCUUUGAAGAGCCUUAAUGCAAUCCAUGAUACCAGCAGCAGGUCAGAAACAUUAUCUCCAACAGGUGUGACCAUCACACCUUCAUCAUCAUUGUCUUCUAGAACUCCAUCUCCUGUGACUUCACCUACAGCAUCACCAGCUGCAUCACCAAAGGUGAAAACAAAACCACCACCCUUGCACAUUCCAAAUGCUAAUAUUUUAAAGUUCAGUCCAGAUAAAGGUGAAGGAUCAUCAAGUGAAGGUGCAUGUAGUGGUGGGAUCUGCUUACAGGUACCAGUUAUCAAAGUAGAAGAUGCAGAGGAGGAUGUGCGAUGGGAUUCAGCACCACGAACCCGUUCACAGAGUGUAGACGUUGGUAGUAUAUUGCAAGCACCUCUUAUUACCAUAUCACCGGCUGAUGAUGAACCACCCACACCUCCAGCUCACCCACCACCUUUAGUUAUACCAACACUUAACGUUACUUUAGCUUCACCACCAGUUUUAAGAAAAACUUAUCCACCUGUGCCUACUAUAACAAUAGAAGAGCCUGAUUCUAAAAAACCACCAAUACCUCCAAGACGAAAUCCCCCUUUAAAAAGAGAAAAAGCAAGUUCAUUAGACCUACAGCAAGCACCUUCUAUAACUGUUACCAGUAUGCUUAGUGAAGUAGAAUCCGACACAGACUCUCCUACAACUGGCUGUCGUCAAGGUGGACCAGCUUCUAGCUACCUCAGUCCUUUUUUGGGCGUUGAACUGCGAGCAUCUGAAUCUAAUCUUAGUUCAUCUGGAUAUAGUUCAGCCUAUUCUCCUGGCCCUUCCCGGUGCUCGUCAGAUAACCCUUUAUGUUUAGAUGAGCCCCUGACACCAUCUGUCUCAUCAAUUCCUGCUCGUCACAUGAAUUUUCCCAACCCGGCACCGCCAAUCAUUGCUCCUCCAAGGAAUAAACGCCGGCCAAUGUUCAAGCCACCUUCUACAGAAAUUGUAACUACAGCUAUGGUAACUCCUCCUAUUUUACGAACUGAUUCUGAAACAACAGAUGAUCCUGGAACUUCACAACCAGAAGCAGACUCUGCUCUGGAGUUAGAUACGAAUGAUGAAUGUAGUGAUGGUGUUUUACAAGUUGAGAAAACAAAUAAACUUAGCAGCGAAGAGGAAGCUGAAGCACAACGACAAAGAUUACUUCUUUCUUCAAGUCAUUCUUUUCCCAAAGAAUCCCCACGUUUAGUACGGUCACCCCCUGCCAUUGUGGUGCAUUCAUCUCUUCCAAGUGAAUCCUCCCUGGAGGAUUGUUUGUCGGAAAAACCUUCCCGUCUCAGCCCAGUUAGCUCUCGUAGUGAGUCGCCAAUCAGUGAUUCACGACUCAGUGUAGCAAGGAUAUAUCCUGCCUUUUUUGGUGUAAGUGGAAAACCAGAAUUACCUUAUACCGACUCUGAUGGGUUGUAUGAUUGUCCAUCAUCAGAAGUUUUACAUUCAGACUCCCAUGUAUCUGUUUCCCCUUUGAAGCGCCUUGGCAAAAAAAAAUUAAAACGGUCCCCUGGAAAGGGCCUAAAAUCACUGUUAGGAUUCAAUGAUGUAGGUUCAGCAGAUACUGGCAGUGGGACAGGUGCAUUAAGUGAUGGAGCCAAAAGCCGUUUGGAACCCCCAAACUGGGAGAGGUCGCCUCGUCGUCAUUCACCAAAGAGAAGAGUUAGAGCACAAACCAGCGUUGAUCUGUUGUCAUCUUCCAAUGACAGCAUUACUUCUCAAAGCCCUGCGGGAAGUAGUUCUAGUCCUGGAGAAAAUGGUGGAGUACAGACAGAUACUGAAGCCAGCCGUGAUGGUAGCGGCAUUGUGGCAGGUCAGCGCUUACGGCGAAGGCGACCACUUCUGAGAGGCAACUCCAUUCAAACCAAUAAAUAUCACCUCCCUCGACAAGGAUCGAUAGAUGCAUCAGGAGAGGAAACACAGGAGGAACAGUUGAUGCUGAAACCCUCAAGAGGAACUACAGAAGAGCUCCCACGUCAUCGGAAAAUUUCACGAUUUAGAAACUUUAGCAAUCAAAUCCGGUUCCUUAGGCGACUACAGCUCUCCAAAGUUCCGAAGGAUCAUUUAGUGUCACCCACUGGAAGUUCAGAUUCUGAUCCAGAGUGUGGCCCUCCAGAGGGUCCAUCACGAGCAGGCCCUUCAGCAAAGCAUAGCUCUGGCAGUAGUAGCAGUAACAAAGGCAGCUCCUCUCAUGUCACCUUGAGGGGAGACCCAAGGUCUCUAGUGAAGUACAAGCCUGUUAAUGGCGGAUGUGGUACCACGGUGAGGUCAUUCUCAUCUUGAUUUUUCGUCUGUCUCCACGAAACAAUAAACCAUUCUUUAUCUUUUUAUAUUGUUGGAUGAGAAGAGCCCCUCAAGUCAAUUCUUUAGGUUUCUUUCAUGUAGUACUACUGUUUUACAGAAUGUUACUUUUUAUUACAUCCUUUGAUUUAAUAAUAAAUAAGGUAUGAUGACAAAUGGUGAAGUUUAGAUGGUCUUAGUCUGAAUGUUCUAGAGAUGGGAUAAGAUGAUUCUCAGCUGGAUACAGUUAUAAGUAGUUUAACAAUUUUCUGAAGUAAUUUAACAAUUUUCCAGUGAUGCUUUAGCCUCAAGACAUUAAAAUGUUUGCAGACCUUCCAAGUUCAUGGGAGGAGUGUCUUAAUACUCCUUUAUCCAUGGGAAUAGUAACUGAAAUAGAAUAAAGAACUGCUUCUUGAUCAUUUGAUUUGGAACUUGCAGAGAAUUUAAAAAAAUAUUAUUAUUAUUAUUAUUAUUAUUAUUAUUAUUAUUAUUAUUAUUAUUAUUAUUAUUAUUAUUAUUAUUAUUAUUAUUAAUAAUUCAUUAAAAAUUAUGGCUGCAACAGCAGAGCUUAAUGAAAACUUUAUCCAUUUUCCCAAUAAUUUCCCUUUCUGUAGAAGAAAGGUCACAUAACAAUUGUCCUAUAGAAUUCACUUCAUGUUGAGAAGAAAUACUAUAGACAUUUGGGAAUGUUUUCAUUUUACCAUCAUACAUGUACAAUUUCCUGUAAAAUAAAAAACAUUAAAAUGUAGCCAUUAACAUUUUUCUGCAAUUCACCCCAGCACAUUUUCCACAAAAUUUGGAGAAUAAAUAUAUGACAAUUAUUAUAUGAUCUUUCCCCUACAGAAAGAGUAAUUAUUGGGAAAAUACAAAAACUUCAUUGAAAGUUAAUCUCUGCUGACGCAACCAUAAUUCUUAAUAAAGUGUAAACAGGAGAGUUUCCUUCGUAAAUAUAAUUAUUAUUUUUAAAUUUAUGGCAUUUCAAACUAUAGUACAUUUUUACCUCUUAUCAUUCAUAUAAGCAGUAUACAGCUUGUGUGAUUUUGUAACACAAGCUUUGAGCCUUCACAUGAAUUACUUUAUAACCCUAGCAUGAACUCCGAUAAUGUGAUAAAAAUUCAUUAAUGUGUCUGUAAAUUUCUCUAUGCUGACUUUCAUCAUUGAUUUUUGUUGAAUUUUUUGGUAAAAAAUUAAAUAUUUUCAGAAUUACUGUCCAAGAUUGCUCAUACAGUUCCCUCUUCUCCAGUGAACGAACUCUUAGCUCUGGUAUACAAGUGUUUGUAAUGAUGUAACAUUGUACUGCUGCUGGUUCUUUAAAAUAUGCUAAUGAAAUAAAAGUAAAUUUUUUUGGCAUACCAUAUCAAAUCUCUUAGGUUAAUCUUUUUUCUUUAGCCCCACAAAAUGAAACAUUCUUAUAGAAUUUUUGGUUUUUAGUGAAAUGAGGAUAACAUUAGAAUUAAUAAUUUGUGAUAGGUAUGAUCUUGCUUAAAUAUUUAAUUGAUAGGUAUGAUCUUGCUGAAAUAUUUAAUAAAUAUGUACCUACAUACAUAAUCUUGGAACAAGUUCCUUUGCUUUUCAACACUAGUGAUUCCAAUUAUUGAAAGAUAAAAAUAUGGAGUUGACAACAAGACUAGACAUGCAGAAGUCUAAAGGUCUGUAAUAGAUUACAAAGAAAAAAAGAAAUUUUUAAAUAAAAGGACCUAACAUUUCUGUGUGCCUUCAUUUAAGAGAACCAUCAGAACCCAUCUCAAAGGUGAAGGAAAUUUAUUAAGUGGCCUUUAUAUCGAGUUGAAAGUGGUCCUUUUUUGCUGAGACCUUUUCAUAAUAUUUCUCUGUACAUAAAUCAUUUAUAUGUAUAAAUAUGAACGAGAAAUUAUUUAUUACAGUAUGUUUAUAUAAUUACACACACACAAACAUAUAUAUACAUAUACAUAUAUACAUAUACGUAUAUACAUAUAUAGUAUAUAUAUAUAUAUAUAUAUAUAUAUAUAUAUAGUAUAUAUAUAGAAAUUAUUUAUAUUUUUAUUUUAAUCUUUAAGUACCUGGCAUAUGGAUUAUUAGCAUCAUUGUUGUAGUCCAAGUUUUAUUUAUACAUAUAACUGCAAGAAUGGAAGCAAAGUCUGUGAAUACCUAAGUGUUUGCGGGUUUUUAGUAACACUUAUUUACAUAGUUUUUUUUAGAGAUUUGCCCUUAGUAUAUUCAAAGAGAAUGCACACUUGUGUUUUAAUCUGAUGUUUUCAAGUCCUAGCAUAACAAAAUUGUAGAGACAAUGUUGUCAGUCAAUUGACAGAUACAUAUAGUUAUCAAGUAUUCUUUGGGGAAAGAUUGAAUGAAAUAUGUACUAUAAGGAAUAUAUUUUUAAUUAACCUUAUGUAUUCAUUCAAUGCAGACCCUUGAUAAGGCACGCCAGCUCAAGGUGUAAUUGCAUGUACAACGAAAUAAAAAUGAAAUAAAAAGACCAGUUAUUGAUUAAAAAUAUGUAGUAUGAUCUCUCACUCCGGUUCUAGAAUAUAAUGGUCAUUCUAUGAUAAUGUAAUUCCCUACUGCUUAGUACAUCACUAAUAUAAUAAGCUUGACUACUACAUAUUCACGAGUCCCAAUAGUCAUGAUAUUUAAAUUGAUUGGUACUGAAUUGGAUAAAUUUCUAUAACUUUCCAUGUUAUUUAUAUCCAGUGAAUAGUAAGAUGUUAAUCAAAUACAAGGGUAGUACUUGAAGCAAGAAAAAUUAUAUAUAUCACAUUUCUGUCAUGGGGCAAAUUUUUUUCAGUUUGCUAAAAUGUGCACAGUAUUGACAUGAAAUAACUUCAGCCUAAACUUAUUCAGAGAGAUCAUAGUGAAGUGAGGGUUACCUAAGAUUUUACUACAGCCCAAUGUUCAAAUUUACCAUUUUUCGCCAAAUGUUAACAAUCUCAAAUACACCUUUCAUUUUUUAAAGCCCUCAGUAACCCCAUGGUAGGUAUCUGAACUCAAUUUAUUCUGGUGCAUUUAGUAUUAUUUACCUAAUCUAAAAACAAGUUUUGUCAUCAAACUAGGUCUUUGCAUGUGGAUUUCCUUAUGUCUGUAGGCCCCAAGGUUUGCAUUUCGGUUUUCCAGAGAAAAUUGUUAUGCUUAAGAACAAAAUUAUUUUACCAAGGUAAACACAAGUUUCAGUGUGGAAAACAGAUUAGUUUAAGAUAUAUAACACUGUUCUUUGGGUGAAAUUAUUAGAUUGUGAGAUGUCCAGAAACACAAAAAUAGAUUAUGUACUUUCAAAUUACAGUGCUGUUUUGAUCACAUAAUACACUGUCAAGAAUUCGUUAUUCAACAAUAGGACACUCGAUAUAUUUCUCCCUUGGGAUGCAUCCUUUAACUAUUAUCUAUCUUUCCCGCAUUUUAUAUAGCAUCACAGAAAGUUGUGUAUAUAGAUAUGCAAUAAAAGAGAAUCCACUAUUUUACUACUGUAGGUUAGCUGGAGUAUUUUUUACAGUGAUUUGGCUAGUUGGAAUUUUGGAGACUUGAGAAUUCAGUCUCUUGGGUUCCAGUCCAAGUUGUCUGGUACUUUUAUCUCAAGAGAUGAUUCGUCUUUGAUGUAUUAUUGUUCCUUUUCAUGUAUAUUAAGGAAUGCACUGUAAAAUAUUUAUCUACAAGAGGUAUGACACCUGGAUAAGUUCAUGCUGCUCUGAAACUAAAUAAAAUAUACUGUGCAUACAUAAAUACAAUAGUAUAUAUGUCAUUAUAUAUUAUUAUGUAAGUAUGUAUGUAGGUAAACUCAUGCAUGUAAAGGUAGUAGUGUCAUGAGAUCUGAGGAAAAGAAUAUGCCAAAAGUUUUAUUUAGAUUGGAAUUAUGAUGUUGUACUGUACAAAGAUAUUGACUGUGAGUAUCAAUGUCAUGAUUUCAUGCAAUGUGUAAUAUUGUCUUCAUCUAUGCAUGUUUUAUUUAGAUGUUUUUGUGGUGUGUUAGUGUUAUGCAUAAGAUGUCAUAAAGAAUACAAAUAAUAUAUAAUUAAUAAUUGUGAAUUAUGAUAAUUUUGACAUACGUUUGUUGUAAAAUUUGCCUCAAUGAAAAAUGAGUGAGAUAUGUGUAUAAGAACAAUCUUUUAUACUAUCAGUGCUGCAGAUAAAGAUAGCUGUAUAUUUUGACAAUACUUGAAGCAAGGACCAAGAACUGCAAAACAAAACUAAGAGGUGUAACCUUGAAUAAUGUAAACUUAAGGUGGUCAAUUUUAAAAUGGCUUUGACACAGUAAAUUUCUUUGCAUACUUUAUAAAUAUUUACUUUUUUGGCCAUUAUGACAGGUAUCACUAACUUUAGUAUUGCCUUCCUUGUAAUCCCUAAACAAAUAUUUUAAGAUCUUUUCUCGUGUUUACUAUGUAAUGAGAUGGUGCCAUGUCCAAAAGUAAAAAAUAAGUCACUGGAAACAAAAUAGAAUUAAGAAUAAGAUUAAGUGUGGAAACUUAUAAUAUAAGGUCUAGAAAAUUUGUAGGAGUUGGAGAGGGGUUAACUAGGGAUCAAGAGUGGGUUUUACGCCAUCCAGUAAACAUUAACAGCUAUUGUUAGUCCAAUAACCUUGUCAGGUUUAUGCUCCUUGUCUAUUUUUUUUUUAUGGGAGAAAUUUUCUUUUGUUCAGAAUUGUGCUGGUGAACUGCAAGGAUGAAUGACAUUUUUGUUGUACAAAUGGCUGUGUAAUAAUUGUUUUAUUGUGAUAUGUAGACAGGGAAUACUUUUUGUUUCUAUCUCUGUUGUAAAUGCAUCACUCUUGUCCAAAAAUAUUUUGGCUGAAACACCGUCAGUAUUUUAAAAUGAAAUCUUAAACUAAGAUAGGUCUAUUUGAUAUCUCAGAAAUAACCGUACCUGCAAAACAUUUUUGCAAACCAUGUGAAACUUCAUUUUUAUAAUUAGUAAAGGGACCACUUAAUUGUUGGCAGUAUCAUGGAAUGAAUUAUGUACAGAUAUGUGUAGCAUCAGCUACUCUUAUCUUUUUUGUACACUGUCCUCUAAAAAUCAGGAAAACCUCUCAACCUUUACUUCUGAAAAGGAAAAUAUUGUUACAGCCCAAAGGGAGUAGGUUAUUGUUGUCAAUAUCUAUUUGCAAAAGGUAUUUUAUGUUUCUGUAAGCAUUAUUUAAAUCAUUUUGUAUACCUUCAUUAUUUUGUAAGAUACAUGUUUAGGUGCCUGAUGCCAGCCUCAUAUUCAUUACAACAUCAUUGUGUUCCUUCUUGACACUAAAAUUUCACGGUUUCAUUUUGUCUUUUUAUAGGCUUUGAAUUGUUCUUACCAAGGUAUAUCAUCUGUUUCAGCAUUACUCAUCUUGUAUAAGCUAUUUAACACGGCAUAGAAUUUAAUAUGAUAUAUGAUGCAUUAUAUUCAGCAAGCUUUGUAAACCUUGUGGAGUUUUGCAUGUUAAGACAGCAUCAUCUUCACAUCCUAAUUCCAUUGUUACUAAAAUCUCAACCUUCUCUUCCAUCUUUAAUCACUUUCUACAUUGUAAAGUCCACUAAUUACUGCAAAUUCACUUGACAAGAUACCCAUCAACAUUAACCUACUAUCUAUUACAUUUAUGGAUGGAUAAUUUACUAAUAGGAAUGACAUAGUGUUGUCAGACCUUCCGUGAUACUGGUCUGUGGACUUUGUUAAAUGCCUCUUGUUGUGGCAAUCAACAGAGGGGAUUUUUAAAUUUCAUAAAUUGUUGCACAACAUGACAAUAUAUCUGUGCAAUUCCUGUCUGUCUACAACCAGCUUUUUCAUCUCUUUUAAGUAUUUUAUCUGUUUCAUUCUCCAUCAUAUUGAACAUAAGAAUACAUACUGAAUAUUUCACCACAACUAACACAAAUUCAUUACCUCCUUAGUCAUCACAUUUGAUCAGGUCACCUUUCAUUGGAUACCUUUGGUAUAAGUUCCAGUAAGUUCCAGUGCCCAAUCAUUAGAAUUUUUUUGAGAAUAUUGAAAGAAGAAACAAAGAGGUCCAGUUAGUAUCCAAGAUGUCAUUUUAUUAUCAGCUGAAAUAAUCUUCACAGUGGUUCCAUCAUUGCCUAGUGUUUUUGAUCUCCUAAGUUUCUUUAUUAUUUAUUCUGCAUCAGAAACAGCGAGUUCAUUGAUAAGUAUAUACAGGUCUUCUCCACAUUUACGUAUUUCAGUCAGAUUAUUCUCCUCAUAUCUCAUAUUCAUGGUGUCACGGAAAUGUUCCGUCCAGCAUUGUCUUUCUUCUUCAUCAAAUGUAAAAGGUAUUAUUUUUUGGAUUAUCUUUUAGAGACUUAAUUUAUGGCCACCCACUAAUUACUGAAUUUCUGCAUGUAGACUGUGCAGUAUAAGAUUAUUAUUAAAUAUUUGAAAUCAUUCUGUCCUAACUUUAAAUUGGUCACAUUUGUUUGACCUAUUAUUUAUUUAAAGUGAAGAGCUGCAUCCCUUUUAGGAAGAAAGAAUUCACCCUUAGUAAGCAUUCCAUAAAUAAGAUAGCAACAUUAAUGUGCGUGAAGGUUAUGGAAAGGUAAAAAAGUAACAGCGUUAAUGUGAAACCAAUUUGGUGGUAAGGAUCUACCUUUUCAGGGCUUCAAUAGUGCACAAAAGAAUCCCAUUCCCAUUACAUAUAGCUUUGAUGCUGGAGAUGGAUUGGGAAAGGAUCCCUUGAAAUAAUCAAUAAAAUGUUGCAAUUCAUUCUUUGUAAUGAAAUUAAGAGAUGAAAGGCAUACUAUGUGAUAUGUGAAAUUAUUUACGAUCUUUGCUCUGAUACCUUGCCACAUGCAAAAGCUAAGGGGAAGGAUUUUAUUUAAUUCCUACAGGAAAUCCUUACCGAAGGACUCAUUAAAUAAAUUGGUAAUUAAUAAGCAUCUAUAAUAAGGCUUAGCAAUUUGUUAGCAUUGAUAAACCUUAUAAUAACUCUAAUAAGGUAUAGAAACAUCUCAAAACUGUCCCUGCUUGAUCCAAAAAAGAUGAAAAGGGAUCCCAAACGUCAUCUGGAUUACUUACCAGUUGGUCUUUGGAGUGAGGGCAUAAAAAAAUUUGGUAUGUGUAGCAUUUAGUUAUACUAUAACCUUUCUUUCUCUGUCAGUUUUACAAAAAAUAAAA